AAAGUAAUUAGGUUCACUCCCCUUGAGGAGGCAGGGUUGUUCGUCUCUUCAUAACCCUGUAACAAUAACCACGUUCGAAGUGUGCCGGUAUUUUUGGAUCCGAAAUUAUGGAAUCCAUGAGGAGACGCAUAGAGACACGGCGUUUUGCACGCUCGUGACUAACUUAGUAGACGUAAAGUGAUUUCCGAAUGAAGCAGUCGCGUGUUGUAUUUAGCUGGCAUGGCGAUAUCUUCAAUCUGUAAUUUCUUAUCAGUGCUCAGUGCCUUCGGGUUAGUCAUAAGUGUUGCAGCUGCCGAACUGCCUUGUGAAUUUCGGGACUCUGUUAACAUUAGCAGUGGAUCGCUUGACGCACUGCGUAUUAUUUUGCAUAAUGGAAUCCACUAUAGACCGGAGCAUUACGGUUUGAUAAACUAUGACUAUGUAAGCUACGACAUAAGAAUUAGUGUUCCUAGUUAUUAUCGCGGUUGCAUCUGCCAGUUAACCAACUGUGUGCGGUUAUGUUGUCCAGAGAACCAUUGGUUUUCGAGUGAUGGAGUAAAAACAACCUGCAAUGAGGUAUCCAGCGGCCUGCCGUUUAUGGUAUGGGCGAACGUUAGUUCCGAAAGUGGAGUUCGUUCGAAAAAUUUGCUUGACGACAUAAACUAUGGAUUCGUUUAUGGCAAACCAUGCCCAGGAAUUUUUUCGGGUGAUUUAGACGAAUGGUUCUUGGAUGACACUGGAACAAUCCAAACGGUGGAAGACAUUAGCGUUCCGCAGUUAGAAUACUGCUUAGCGAUAGCAGACAGUAUCAGUACGGCGAUUCCAUAUCUAUGCCCUCUUAUCGAAGAAGCAAAAGUGUCUUACUCUAUCGGAAUAGUACUGUCAAUCCCCUUCCUAGUGGCUACGCUGCUAAUCUACGUGUGUAUACCUGAACUGCGGAACAUUCACGGAAAAUCACUAAUAUGCUACACUCUGGCAUUGACCGUGACCUACAUUGUGUUGCUAUUCAUCAAUUUUCACAGCACCGUGAUUCCUUGCAGUGUGCUCGGUUACAUGCUAUACUUUUCCGUUCUGGUGAGCUUCUUCUGGUUGAACGUUAUGUGUAUCGACAUAUUCUGGACCUUCAGCAGUGGUGUGGUAAUGAGAAAUGAACGCAAGCGUUUCCUGUAUUAUUCGCUAUACGCAUUUGGCAGCCCAGUUGUGAUUUUGGUACUGGCGUUGAUCUUUGACUUUACUGAGCUGGUUCCCGAAGAGUAUAGACCCCGCUUUGGAGAGCCGAGUUGUUUUAUUCACAAAAACAAAUGGAUUGAAUUUGUAUAUUUUUACCUGCCUUUGCUGAUUCUGGUGGUAGCGAAUUUGUACUUUUUCGUGGUGACUGCAAUUCGAAUUAUCAGAAUCCAGCGUGCAACAGAAGCAGUAUUGCGAAACGAUUCGGAGCGGCACAGCAAAUUUGAGAAGGAUCGCAAUCGGUAUGGUCUCUAUCUACGACUUUUCAUCGUUAUGGGCAUAACCUGGACAUUUGAAAUAAUUUCCUGGGCAGCAGAGAGCGAAAACUGGUUCUUUUACGUGGCAGACAUAUGCAACUGCUUGCUAGGUGUGAUCAUAUUUUUUCUGUUCGUAUGGAAACAGAGAGUAAGGCAACUGGUGGCAAAAAGAAUUGGUAACAGCCAGCCGCUUAGACAUUUUAAAUCAUCAUCCUCGAAUGCGGUGACAUGCUCGGAAACCACCAAAUUUUCAAGUUUUCAGGAAUCAAAUGCUCCCCAGCAACCGGGAUUGGCUCGGUAGAAGUUUCAAUGAGCUUCAAGAGACGGGGUACCAUGCAUGAUAUUUGGACAGGAUUGCUGAUGUUGUCACUGAAUGUGGCACAAAACUUUAAUGCAGAACGACCUAGUCAGAAAACCAAAGUUUAAACAAUCGAUAUACCAGGGUAUUACCUGUGAAGUGAAUUAUAAUUUACUUUACACUGUUCAUAACUACUAUUUGUACUGUCGUUUCAAUCUAUAUACGAAUAAAUAAUAAUAG